UAGCAUAAAACUUUGACCCCGCUACUUGAGGCUUAUAUAGAGCUUGCACGCCUUACUCUUUCCUGCACUCGGCCGUCUGCUCAAUUCGACUCUGCCAGCUUAACACCAGCACACUCCUGGUGGGUCGAACUGCACCGUCUCCAACAUGCCAUUCACUUCCAACAACCUGCCGGUACCGCUAACAGAAAUCAAACUCAACCUUGAUGAGAUGCCAGCAAAGUUACCUGAGAAGGAAGUUCCUUCAGUCACUAAUACUGCAUCAACCACAGAUUUGCUGUACUGUGAUGGCCUUGACACUGAGGAUCCAUGGGCCUUACCUGAACUGGAGGGAUCUGGCCCCUCAUGGAAAGAGUUGAAUACCAAGCAGAGAAUCAAGCGUGUUGUUAUUGGGAUAGUGAAGGGCUGUCUUCUCCUGGGAUUCCUCUACUUUUUCGUCUGCUCCUUAGAUGUACUGAGUUCUGCCUUCCAGUUGGUGGGAAGUAAACUGACAGGUGAUAUUUUCAGUGAUAACGAAAUCCUGGCCAAUCCCAUCGCUGGGCUUGUUAUUGGUGUUUUGGUUACAGUUCUGGUGCAGAGCUCCAGCACGUCCUCUUCCAUCAUUGUCAGCAUGGUGUCCUCUGGAUUGCUGAACGUCAAAGCUUCCAUCCCCAUCAUAAUGGGCGUAAAUGUUGGAACAUCCGUCACCAGUACUUUGGUAUCUCUGGCGCAAUCUGGAAACCGAAAUGAGUUUCGCAGGGCUUUUGGAGGUUCUGCUGUCCAUGGCAUCUUUAACUGGAUGACGGUCAUAGUGUUGCUGCCCAUCGAGAUUGGCACGGGAUAUCUCUAUCACGUCUCUAAAGCCAUCAUCAACAGCUUCAACAUCAAUGCAGGAGGACAAGCCCCUGAUAUCCUGAAAGUCAUUACAGAGCCCUUCACUCAUCUGAUAAUCAGGCUGGACAGUUCUGUAAUUUCCGGAAAUGCCAUUGGAGAUCCUGAGACAAAGAACAAGAGCCUGAUCAAGCACUGGUGCGUUACAGAGUCCUACACGGUCACCCAAAACAUCUCCGUGUCCAACAUGACUGAGUGCAAAAUAUUUCAGUGCUUUGUAACAGAAAAUGGAACAUUCAGAGAAGAGAACAUCACUACAAAGGAAAAUAUUGAGAAAUGCAUGCACAUUUUUGCGAACACCAACCUCUCCGACAUGGCCGUUGGUUUCAUCCUUCUGACAGCCUCCCUACUGGUCCUGUGCACGUGUCUCAUCCUCAUUGUCAAACUGCUAAACUCCGUCCUGAAGGGGCAGAUUGCUCAGGCAAUCAAAAAGAUCCUCAAUGCAGAUUUUCCAUUCCCGUUCACCUGGCUUAGUGGAUAUCUGGCCAUCAGUGUUGGCGCUGUAAUGACCUUCGUGGUGCAAAGUAGCUCUGUGUUCACUGCUGCAAUUGUUCCAUUGAUUGGUGUGGGAGUCAUUAGCAUGGAAAGAGCGUACCCAUUGUUCUUGGGGUCCAACAUCGGAACCACCACUACUGCUGUGUUGGCAGCUCUAGCCAGUCCUGCUGAAGCCCUCAGCAAUUCUGUUCAGGUUGCCUUCAUCCAUCUAUUCUUCAACUUGACGGGAUUAGUUCUCUGGUAUAUUUUUCCAUUCCUGCGUGUCCCCAUUCCUGUCGCAAAGAAAUUUGGAGACAUCACAGCCAAAUAUCGCUGGUUCGCUGUCCUAUAUCUUCUCCUCAGCUUCCUCGUCAUUCCGCUGGCAGUCUUCGGCCUCUCUAUGGCUGGAUGGAUUGUGUUGGCUGCCGUUGGAGGCCCAAUCCUCUUCAUGAUCAUCGUCAUCAUUAUUGUGAAUGUCCUGCAGAAGAAAGUCCCUAAGUGCUUACCGCCGUUCCUGAGAGACUGGGACUUUUUGCCUACCUGGAUGCAUUCCAUGGCCCCUCUGGACAGAUUAUUCAGCUCUGUCUGUGGCUGCUGUUGCAAAAAAUGCGGCAAGAGUGAGGAUGAGGAGAAGCCAAAGGAGCAACUCCCCGCAGACCUUUCAUGCUAUGACAAUCCUGAAUUCAUUCAGUCACAAAGGCUAUGAAGGUGACAGCAGUCACUUACAUGGACAACCCAAUGAACUGCUCUUCCCAACAACACCAACUCCCCACCCAAAACUAUUUAUGUAUUUUUGUACAGUUUUUUUUAACAUGAAAAUAAUGUGCUGUGUAAAUCCUUAGCCUUAAAGAGAUGGAGAAUGAGCUGGCUUUAUUUAAAUAAUUCCAUGCUUAUUACAGUGUCGGUGUGUGAUGAAACCGGGGCCCAUUAGCUUUACCCCACUUGAAACCACCCCCAGGGAUCAAAAACUCACAGUAAGAUGUAUUACUUGAUCCUAAACAGAAAGGAGGAAUUGGCAAUAUAUUGGGCAAUAUAUUUAUCAAAUGUCCUACCUGCCAUCCAUUUCCUGGUUGUGGGUAUCAAUGGGCAUAAAAGACCAAACCCAGUGAGAAGAAGUGAGAAGAAACUAUCAACAUAUAAGAAGAAGGUGUGCCAAGAUUUGUAUCCUAGUUAACCAGGAAUGCCCAACUUGUAGCAACACAGGUUCACUACCAGUUUUUAAAAAGAGUAUUUUGAUGUCUAACUUUACGGAUAUCCUUCCGAUAUAUCUAAACAGGGAUUUGGUUAUCCUUACGAUAUAUCUAAACAGGGAUUUGGUUAUCCUUACGAUAUAUCUAAACAGGGAUUUGGUUAUCCUUACUUCUUGCUGCCUGGCUGCUCUCUUUCCAGUGGUGGCUUGGUUAAGGACUCGUGGAAUAUUUUCCACUAUAUCAUUAAGGCAGGAACCUAAAUAAGUAUGUAGUUGCAAAAGCUUUAGAAAUCUACUUUACAAUGUUCUAAGGAGAAACUCCCAGUCAGUGACUAUUUUAGAGAGGAAAAAUUGCAGUUUUACAUAAACCAACCUGGUAUUAGUUUUUUAUGCCUUUUUCAUACCCAGGUUUUACAACCCAAAAUAGUAUGAUUCUGUUCAGGGCUUUAGCAGUUCUAAGUGACUCAUGGUGAUAUGUACAGAUUCAGAGUUGCAAGUGGAUACGGGAGAAGCUUUUCCCCAUGCUCAUGUAUGGAAUGAUAUAAAUCACUAUAGUGGUCAGCUGUGGACAAUAUGUUAUGAGUGAUAAGUCAUGUCUGAGCUACAGUAAGACGACAAGAGUUCGGCUGUGCCCGUGCCUUUUAUUCUUCAGUAAGAUACUGUCAUAUUUUGUACCUUUGCACACAUAAAAUCAAGAGCACAAUAUGACUGCAUUAAAGGAAAUUUAAACUUA